CUACAUAGGCUAGGUUCUUGUAUGAUAAUCACAUAGUUAUUUUGCAGCAGUCUCUUAUUGAUCGCAAAAAGUUCAUGUUAACGCAUGCAGUGUUGAUAAUUAGAUUGAUUGUACAAUUCGAGUUCACCAUCUAGUAAUGAUACAACAUAUUUAAACUGGUUGCAGUUAGCUAAGACUAUGAAUAAUAAAGGAGUGUUUAGCACAGUUAGGGGCGUAGGUGACGGCACAGAAUGUGCAAAAAUGGCGACAGCUAAACAAGACAAGAGUGAUCCUCUAGUAGAAUCAGUGACAUGUUCAAUAUGUAUGGAGAUUUUAGAUGAUCCUCGAUCACUACAAUGUAUGCACAGUUACUGCAGAAAGUGUAUACAGGUCACAAUAGUUAAACAUCAGGAUAAGAAAUUGUUCCCUUGCCCAAUCUGCAGAGAGGACUGCCCAAUAACUAAUCAAGGGGCUGCAGGUCUUAAAGUGAACUUUUUCGUUAACUCUGUUUUGGAUAUUGCAAAAGAUCAAUCUGCAUUGUCGAAAGAUGCGUGGAAUUGCGAUAUCUGUUUAGAUGAGGAUGAGUCUGUCCCAGCAAUUUCCAAGUGCCUAGAUUGCAAUGAGAAGCUCUGCAAAGCAUGUAAUCGUGCACAUAAAAGGUCGCGUUGUUCGAAGCUGCACAAAAUACUUGAGCUAAGUGGUGACACUUCAAAAGAUACCAAGGCUGCAAUGGACAUGUUAUCUAGACGAACCUUGUAUUGUCAAGUACAUACUCAAGAGCCCUUGAAGUACUUCUGUAAAAAAGAUCAGCUUCUUAUCUGCCAAGACUGUUUCGCAUUUGAUCACCAAGGCCAUCAAUUGGAGAACAUUGAACAAACUGCAAAAGCAAACCUGAAAUAUUUAAAUUCAAUCAUUGACCUUGGGAGACAGAGGUCAGCCAAAUAUGAAGAGAGCAUAAGUGAUGGUCACGCUCAAAAGCUAGCAGUUGAAAAAAGAACAGAGAAAUCUAAAACCAAACUUGUCACAGACAGAAGGAUUGUAUUAGCCCAUGUGAAUGCCUACUUUGAUAAACUAGAGUCUGAGUUGACUGCUGCGGGAAAUGCUUCUGUUAAAACACUGAUUACACAUCUAGCUAAUCUCGAAUUUGAUAAAGAUGCCAUUGAUGGAACUGUAAAGCAAUUAGAAGCCCUCCAAGAUCAUGGUCAUCCUGCAGAUAUUGUGUCCAUGAUACCUGAGAUGAAUGCCAAACGUGAAGUUUGGUCUAUGAUUCCUGAUCUUCAGCUUGAACCUGAUCAAGAACUACAAGUUAAAACACCAAGCAAACUCAAUGAUGCCAAUCUCAAACUUGCAAGUUUAGAAGAUCGUACACGAAGAAAGGCUCACAAAGUCGCAAAGGGAAGUUUUGAAAACAUAAUUGUACUUGCAAAUGAUGACGUUGUAACCAUCACAUCAGAUAAAGUCAAGUUUUAUGAUAAGAACUUGGGUCCCAGAGGAAAAAUGAUUAAUGUCCCAAAAGGUUGGCAGGCAGUAAGUAAGUCCAAUGAUAACUGUGUUGCAUUUUGCUACCAGCAAAAUAAUUGCAUAAAAAUGAGGACCUACAAUGAUGAUGGUCAUAUUGUAACAAACUGUCACAUACCAAAUGUGACAGGACUGAAGGAUUUUGUGAUAAAUCAAUCUGAUGAGGUUGUAAUGGUAGAUGACGAUGACCAGAUAUUGCGUGUGAAGUACAAAUCAGGGAAAAUGAUUAGCUCCCGAAGACUAACGAAUCUGUCCAGCAUGGCAGUAUGUAACUUGGAUGUUAACAGUAAAGCUGAUGUUAUAAUGUCACACAAAAGUUGUAUAAGUAUCAUAAGGCUCAGAGGAAAAGGAGCUGGAAAACGAGAAGUAUACACAGCCCGUGAUAAUGAGCUAGGUCUUGUAGCAUAUGUUGACAAACAGGACAAUAUCAUUGUACUAAACCAGGCUAAUUCAACUAUCACAAUUCUAACACCUGAAGGUGAAUUCAUAAAGGACUUAAUCACUCCAACAAAAUGCAAGCCAUUUAGCUUACAUCCAAACUCGGAAGGAGAUUUGGUUGUAGGAGCCUUUCACAAAGGUUCUGCAGCAGAGUGCAUGUUCAUAUUGCGAUAUAGAUCCGAGGAUGGCAACAUCAUGUAGCCUAACUGAUAACCUGCACAACAAGAAAUAUAUAAUGUGAUAUGUGAGAAAUAUAUAUAUAUAUGUGACUUUAUAGAAAUAACGAAAAACUUCUCAAAUCAGCAUUGCUGAUAAUCUUUCUCAUUUGCCAUAUUUUUUUUAUCAAUUUCAAUUAAAACCCAGCAGUUUUUGUAGUUUUAA